AUGGAGCAGCGGAAAAGAAAGUCUGCACUUGAGAACUAUGUUGAUAGUCUCAUGGAUCCGCCUGAAAAACUCAAAAAGAUGACUGAUUUUUAUUCAAGUUUGAAAAACUUUUAUCGCCGUAAAUGGAAUGCCAUGUUAAAACUGCCUUGCGUCCAAGGAGUCGAACUUAAUUUAUUCCGUAUGUAUGAUGUCGUUAUGAGCUUAGGUGGAUGGCAGAAGGUUUCUCAACAAGAAAAAUGGCCGGAUGUGGCUGAGAUGUUGGGUGUGGGAGAAGAUGUUAUGGGAGGCGACCAUGCCAUUAAGCUUUUGUAUAUGAGAUUUUUAUCUAAAUUUGAACAAUUUGAAACCAUCGGUGAUAUUGAUGAAAUGAUAGUAGAUGGUGAAAUCUCUCGCAGUCGUGGUCGUCAAGCUUCCUCUUUUGCAACAAAUGAGUGCCCCAUAAGUAUGUCGAAACAUUUUGAAACUAUACGUAGAGAAUAUGCUGAGCCUGAUUAUUCUCGAGUAAUGCGUUCACUUUUGAGUGGCCUGCCAAACGAAGUUGAUUUCGGAAUCAACGUGUGCACUCUGCUGUCCCACCCUGGUCCCCGUUUGUUAAGGCUUUCCCAUGUUCCUCAUAUUCCCAUAUUGUUGGUCGCUCAUUGUGGUAUUUUUGAUGAUGAGUCUGCAGAUUUAUCUGAUUUAUAUUCAACCUGGAAAGGAUACACUCAGCGUGACUUCCUGGGUUUCUGGGCUAAUUGUGGAGCUUCAGAAGAGUUUUUGAAAAUGUUUGUUCCUGAAGCUCAGAAGAUCAAGCUGGACCCCGAUGGUGAAAUUUUACAUGGAAUUAACCUUGAGUACGAUGUGAGAAAUUCAAUUUCUUGGAGACUGAAUCAGAUUGCAACAAUCAUUCGAAACUUCUCUUUUGAGCCUAUCAACAGAGUGAGUCUCACCCAGUGUUGGCCCAUAUAUAAGCUCCUCUUCCUAUGUGCUUCUUGUAAAUAUGUGCCUCUGUUCACAGCAGCUAUGGAUACUUUGUCGAACAUCGCGUGUGAUAUCAACCUCACCUGGCAGAGAAUGACCGUAGAUUCUGAUUAUGCCCUUCUUCGAAUCAUAAAGAAAGGUUUGGAAAGCAAUGACAAGUUCAUGCUGGUACGCUCACUGGAGAUUCUUACUGGUUUAUGUCUGAAUGAUGCUAAUGAGGGAGUUAUUCUUGACUUUCUGACCGCUGAUAUGUUUGAUCGUAUCUUUGACAUCGUGUGUGUGAGAGAUAUUAUGAUGUGUGUUUACGCAUUGGAAUGCUUGUAUCAGUUGUCUGAAAUGGGGUCUCUGCCAUGUGAUAUUAUCGCCGAUCGUCCACGUUUUGUACAGCAGCUAGUUUCUAUGGCUACAAUGGAAGCUGUCACCUUUGGUCAAGUCGGUCUAGCCGGAAUGAAAGUUGUUGAAUAUCAACCAAACACUGCUCCAGGAUACCAAGUUCAACAUGCUCAUCCUAUGCAUCAUCCAGGACAUCAAGGAGGACAUCAUGGUCCACCGGGACAUAUGGUUCCACAAGCUAUUCAUGGCCCACCUGGUCAUCAUGGACCUCCAGGACAUCACGGUCCUCCUGGUCAUCAUGGGCCACCAGGGAUGGCUGUUCAAAUGGGAACACCUAAUCAUAAUGUGCAUACUCCUUACAAUAGCCAUCCUGCAAUGCAUGCACCACCCCAUUCUGGACAUGUACAAGGCUACCCAAUGACUCCUCAGAGACCCAUGCCUGGAACCCCUAGAGCUCUUCCUCAAGUUGUUCACAUCGGUGGACCUCCUAGACCUGUUCCAUCAGAAAACAAGACGUAUAUUGAAACUCUAACUGAGCAAUGGAUUCGCACAAAUUGUGUGGGAGAUAAUGCUAGUUCCACACCUCGGGGAGAACUCUAUGCCGCAUAUGUUGACGACUUGAGGAGUCAGUUUCAUUCUUUGAGUGGUAGUCUUGCUUCGUUCACGAACACUUUAAAAGCCAUGUUCCCUGAAAUUCAAAUCAGAAUGGUUGAAAGUACUCUUACAAUGGUAGUUCUGGGUAUUCGUCUGAUCAAGCCUCACAGACUGGUUGGAAUAGUCUCCGGUGGCUCUAAUCAUGUUUCUUCUACCGUUAAUUCUCAUCCGCUUAUGAAGCAAAUCUUAACGAAAGGACCUCCACAGCCUUUGAACGGCAUCAACGGAAGUCGUAGUAGCAAUGAAUCGUCCAGGAGCAGCACGCCCAUCGACGAGAAGAAAGAAGCAGAAAGUCCUGUCAAGCCUAAGGCUAAUGGCAAGGUUGUAGUUGAGGCUGCUGCCGAUUCUACCACUCAAGAACCUAAGAAUACUGGUCUCGAGUUUAUGUGUGAAUGGGAUGGUUGCGGAUCAACAUUCAGUUCUUCUCAAGGAGUACUGAACCAUUGCUUGAAAUCUCACAUGAUUGAUAUGCAACAACCUUGUAAAUGGCCAGGUUGCGAUGGAACUCCCAGGAGUAGAUGGUCACUUGUUACUCACCUCUUGGAUCACCAUACCCAAGAAGCACAGUUGCGCUUAGCUUCGCAAAGACGACGAGAUGGAGUAGCACCUUCUAAGCCAACCCCCUAUCAGAAGGAUAUCCCUCGAGAUAUUCCUCCUCAUCCAGGAUAUUCUAAGCAUGCAGCCAUCGAUGCUAUCCGUCGGCAUGCGUUCAACUAUUUACCACGCGACAUCACCGAUGAAGCAGAGGGUCCAGUAACUAAAAGUAUCCGAUUGACAAGUUGCCUAAUUUUGAGAAAUCUCGCACGGUUCUCUGCAGAAGGAAGACACUUACUAAAACGACAUGAAAGUCAAAUCUGUUGGUUAGCCUUAUCACGUUUAGAGUCCAGUCAUGCAUUGGGCCAAUUGCUGGGAGAGCUCAACGAUUCACAUUCUGAGGAUGUCGCGGACGAAUAA